UGUUGCAUCCGACGAAGGCAAAACUGACACUUGUCUCCAAAGAACAAAGAAAUGAUGGUUUCUAGACGCGGCAACACUCAUGGCGACCACGCCCUGAUACUGAUGCUUCUAGUGAUGGUGGUGUCAUACAGUACAGAACACGUCUUUUGCCCUGAAAUAAGUCAGUUGGGUAGGCCUGCCAAUCUGACCUGUAAUAAAGCAGACAACUUAAAUGUCCACUCCUACUCAACACCCAGUGGAAAUCCUGCUGCCUCGUGUGAUCUCGCAGAUGGAAGAUGUGUAUCACAGGGGGACUUCACAGCAUCUGUCAUCAAUACUACAAGCAGUGUCCUCACAAUACCCAGUGUGCUGCAGUCACAUGGAGGCGACUGGGCUUGUGUUGCAGACGCAGAUGACCCGCGCCCUUCUACUUGUCGCAUGACAGUUGCCAAGUUCCCGUCCUGCAACAUGGUAAGUGUCCAGGAAAGCAGCAGUCUGACUGUGGGACGGGAGCUGAAAGUGAACAUCACAGGCUUCUUCUGCUCUGAGGACAUGCAGCUCGAGCUGCUGACCGUGAUGGAUUCGUAUUCCACAUCCCCUCUACACACCACAGCAGACAUCACUGAAAGGGCCUUCAACACGACAGGAACCCAGACCAAGCUUCUCUUUACCUGUGGCAGUCACACCCAGAGUGUGUCAUGUGAAGGUGUUCAACAACAGGGUCGGGAACAUGCAGAAUGUCCCUCAGCCGGCCUCCACGUGUCCUCCCUUGUCCUCGGUAUGGGGGCCAUGUUUAUGGUCAUCAGCCUCUGCCUGGGCUUCUGGUGCAUCUGCAGAUACUGCCCUAGUUCAGGUGGAUGCACCAAUGAAAAUGACAAAAGUGACGACCCAGAUAAACCAGCACCAGUAUCUUCAGUUGGUUCAGGGCCUGGAGAUGAUGCGUAUUGUAAUGCUGUCCUAUCAUCAGGAAAUGGCUACGCGUCCUUAAAGAGAAGAAAGGACUACACUGCCACCAUCUAUGACGUGGCUGAGGAUUAUAUAAUAUCGUGGCCUGAAAACUGAAACCAAAUACUAUGACGGAUACCGGGACUGCAAUUACAAUUAUUGUUCACACAUUCAUUGACAACCUUAAAAUUGUGUGCUUACUCACAUUUCUAUGUAGCAGUGUUAUGUACACAAACUGUUUGCCGAAGUUCAACUCAACAGCACUAUGCAUGUAUUGUGUC